AUGCAGCAAGUUCGUAGUGUAUUGCGUGAUGUUUGUGCGGGAGAAGAAAAUGAGAAUCAUUUAGUGGCACCAUUGCAUUUUUCUCAAGAGUUCGAUUUAAGUUCUUUAGACGCCGAUCCAGGUGAAAGAACUCAAAUCUUGAACUUUCAUCCAAAUCAUCGUGAUGCUAUUAGAAGAGAUUAUCUUCAGAAACGCCCUUGUCAACCUCCAUUGAAAGUUUUUCCUCAAACGUUGAUUUCUGGAGAUAUGCAUCGUUUCAAUCGUGAUUGGUAUGUUGAAUUUCCUGAUUGGUUAGAAUAUAAUAAACUUACUCAAGAUAAGCAUGGGUAUGAGAUCAGCUUAGCAGCUUCAAUUCGUGUAGUGAGACUUCUUGUGAAACAAGGAUUGGCACUUCAGGGUCAUGAUGAAUCUAAAGCAUCACUUAACAGAGGUAAUUUUCUUGAAAUUCUUUCAUUUUAUGCUCAAGAGUGUGAUAAAAUUCAUAGUUUUGUAUUGGAAAAGGCUCCUCAAAAUGAUCAAAUGACUUGUCCAUUGAUUCAAAAAGAAAUUGUGCUUGCUUGCAAGAUUGAAACAAUUAAGGGUAUCAUAAAGGAACUAAAUGCUGACUAUUUUUCCUUAUUGGUUGAUGAAUCUUUUGAUGUAUCACGCAAGGAGCAAAUGGCAGUUGUUUUACGAUAUGUUGAUAGAAGGGGAUUUGUGAUGGAGCGACUUCUUGACAUUGUUCAUGUUAAAAAUACUAGUGCUUUAGCUCUAAAAGGUGCAAUUGUCAAUUUACUUUCUCAACAUUCCUUGAGUCUAUCUUGA